AUGAGUUUCUCGUGGAAUUCAAAGAUAUCUUCGAGCCAAAUAUAUCUGGCACUUUGCUAUCACGUCUAUAACCUUUUCUUUUUUCUUCGCAUAAGCGUCGGUUUAGUGAGGAAAAUGUCGAAGAUGACUCGUGAAGUGAUCCCCGCCAAGUCGACCUACCCGAUCAGUGCUGCCAUUCGAGUCGGAGACACCAUGUACAUCUCGGGCCAGCUGGGCAUUAAUCCGGAGACUCACUCUCUGGUUUCCGGUGGAAUCGUUCCCGAGACACGAGCGGUCCUCACAAUGCUGGGAAAUGUGCUGGAAAAAGGAAGAAUGAACUACAAAAACGUGGUGAAGUGCACCGUGUACCUGGCAGACUUAAAGGAAGCUGGAGAAAUGAACAAAGUUUACUCCGAGUUUUUCCCCGAAGAACCCCCUGCACGAGUCGCGAUCCAGGUGGCGAAACUUCCGCUGGACGCCCGUGUGGAAAUUGACGCCAUCGCAGUGGACUGCACGCAGUAGCUGAUUUUUGUCUCCGGCUGCUCGUUGCAUUCCCACAACCCAUGUGGGCCCCGAAUGGCUCAUGUGAACCUAGAUUUGAGGCCCUUUUGGGCAUAUAGAUGGGAUGCCUACUGGUGC